CUGAAAUACGUUUGCAGCGACCUGCCGCCGCUGCCGCUUCUGCACCUAUGAGUCUCCACGUAAAUAAAUAGCCGCGUCUGACUAUGCCGAGUUAAAGCGCAUCUGACUGGCGCCCUGUCCAAUAAUGGCACUCGAUGGUUUCACGGGAAAAGCGAUGCCCACAAGAGAGACCUGCACAUGUAGCGCAAACUGCCGGAAUCGGAGCAGCCGCGUCGUUUUCCUCGGAUUAUUUCUCCUGUCACUCUCCCUACACGCGGUCACGCUCGUGUGCUACUUGGACCUGCGCUCCGAGGUCAAAAGGGAAAUAAUCCACCAGAAGCGAGACCCCUUGCUGACACUGGCCGGGAGCGACCCGGGCAACGCGGCGUCUGAGGUAUUCCCACCCGACCCCCCGCGGUUCGAACCUGCAGAUGAUCCCGAGGGGCAGUUACCACACAGAAACAGAGACAUCGUUGCCACAGAAGAUAACAGAGGCAUAACUCAAAGGGAGAAAAGAAGUCCUGGCAAGCAACUAGAAACGGACUCAACAGGGAAAGAGAAAAGGAAAGAGAAGAAAAAAGGCAAAAAAAGACCAAUACCAGGCCCCCCUGGUCCUCCCGGCCCUCCAGGCCCUCAGGGCCCACCGGGAAUCCCUGGAAUCCCAGGGAUUCCAGGAAGCAAUGCUGUGGGUCCCGCAGGACCACCCGGGCCGCCUGGGCCACAGGGGCCUCCAGGCGCUCAAGGCCCAGCAGGAGUUCCUGAUAGGAUGAAAACAAGAGAAUUCCAGCCUGCAGUGGUCCAUUUGCAAGGGCAGGAAACAACCAUUCAAGUGAGAGAAGAUCUCUCUGAAGGCAUCCUCAGGAACUGGAAGACGGUGUCCAUCCAUCACCGUAUUUUUAAAAUGCACUCUCGCUCUGGAGAGCUAGAGGUGCUAUUGGAUGGUGUCUACUUCAUUUAUAGUCAGGUAGAAGUGUACUACCUCAACUUCACAGACAUCGCCAGUUACGAAGUGAUGGUGGACUCCAACCCGUUUCUCCGCUGCACUUGCAGCAUUGAGACAGGCCAGCGAAAGUUCAACACCUGCUACACAGCUGGGGUGAGCCUGCUACGUGCAGGCCAGAGAAUAUCCAUUCGCAUAGUAUAUGAGGACACGCUCAUCAGUAUGACCAACCACACCACUUUCCUGGGAAGCGUCAGACUUGGAGAGGUGCCAUCUGCUGGACAGAAUUGAUAAAUGCUAAGGUCAUCGCAAGGGUGUCUGGAUUUAAAGACAAGGCUAGAUCUGUGUCUAGAGGCUUGCCCAAUAAGACUCCGCCAGGAAAACACUGACACCGAGUGGGGUGAUGAAGCCGAGGAUAUCUCGAGCUCACUAUCGCAACCUGGUAGAAAAGAAGAUGUUACGGACUGCUCUGCUUGUGCUUCCACUGAUUCAUUGGCCUUGAUGAGCUGAAUGUGUGUUUGCUCAUCAAACAAGUGUCACUAUUUAUAGUCGCUCUUCUCAUUCUCUCAAGAACAACAAAGGAUACUGCUCAAGCAGGAAUUUUAAACCUACAAUUAAAUGCUUGUAUGUCCAAAAAGUACAUUAUCUUAUUAAGUAAAUCAACUAUAAGAACACCCACUUCUGGUUUGCCAUAAACGGCAAUAGAUUCAAAUGAAUGUUUUUAUAAAAUCCACACAACUGGAGUCAAAAAGUAUUCAGAGCAACAGCACUAUAUAUUUUGCGCACAUUUUGCACUACAAUAUCCCUGCAGAAUAUCAGUGAUAUGUUUUGUGACAGUGCUAUUGUUGUUAUCGUAUGAAUGCAUACAUUAUGGAAAAAUAAUUUUGUUUAUAUAUCGAUGUACAUAUUGUAUAUAAAAAUGGGAUAUACUUUUGUAAAUUGAGUUGAUUGAAUUAAACUGUUUUGUUUUGCCUAAA